AUGUAUCUACGUGUUAUUCUGGACAGUCGAGAUCGUGAUGCGAUGCGUUUUCUGUGGUAUCCGAAUGACGACUUGGGAAAGAAACCUAUUGAUCUGCGAAUGUGUUCGCAUGUUUUUGGCGCGACGUCGAGUCCUUCGAUUGCGUCAUUUGUGUUGAAACGUGUCGCUGAUGACAAUCUAACGAAUGCUGAUCUGGAAACGAUACAGACAGUGCGACGCAGUUUUUUCGUUGAUGAUGGUGUGAAGUCGAAACGUACCGUCAAUGAAACACUUCAAUUGAUAAAUCAGCUGAUCGAAUUACUCGCAUCGGGUGGGUUCUGUCUUACAAAGUUUGCUUGUAAUAAAAUUGAAGUAAUGGAAGCGAUUCCCGAGGCGGAUCGCUCAACCGCAACGAAAGCGCUUGACUUUAGUACAGAGUUGACUGAACGUACGCUGGGAAUUUAUUGGAACAUGGUGCACGAUGUCUUCAAGGUUCGGGUGGAAAUUGAGUUUCGACCCUCAACGCGCCGUGGCAUGCUCAGCAUGCUUGGCCAGGUAUAUGAUCCAUUGGGGUUUAUUCAACCGUUUUUGAUUCCCGCAAAGCGCAUUUUGCAGGAUUUGUGUUUUUUGGGUUACUCGUGGGAUGAUCCUGUUGAGGGAGACUUGUAUGAUGGUUGGGAGAAAUGGAUCAGCACCUUGCCUAGUUUGAGGGAGUUGACUAUACAACGUUGCUACAAACCGGAAGGAUUUGAGGCGGCGAAUGUGCAGCUUCACUGUUUUUGCGACGCAAGUAGAGUGGGCUACGGUGCAGUAGCGUACCUUAGGUUGGAGAACGAAUCCGGCGAGGUUCACUGUGCAUUUGUAAAGGGUACUGCGCGUGUUACCCCCAAGAAGCUAGUGACAAUUCCACGACUAGAAUUGACGGCGGCAGUCGUUGCUACAGAAGUUGCUCAUUCUGUCACAAAUGCACUAGACUAUGAGAUACACGAAAUUUGUUAUUGGACAGACUCGAUGACUGUGUUGCAGAUGUUGAAUAGUAGAUCACAGCGCUUUAAGACUUUUGUAGCCAAUCGGGUUAAUAUUAUUCAAUCAAUCUCUGAUGUGUCGCAGUGGUCUCAUGUUCCAACAAAUGAAAAUCCAGCAGACAUCGCUUCUCGUGGCCUUAUGCCAGAUAAGCUGGAUAAGGCAAAAUUAUGGUUUCAAGGUCCGAGUUUUUUGUGGCAACAAAGUGUUUCAUGGCCUGGCACUUCAUCAGUGUCAGAUACCAUACCAACUAAUUCCGAUUUACAUUGUGAAAUUAAGGUGAAUCUUGUUGAAGUUCAAAAGAGAUCCCAGUAUUUUCCUGAGUUAAUAAAUCGCUAUUCAACGUGGGAAAAAUUGUCGAGAACAAUUGCAUGGAUGUUGCGUUUUAAAUUUUUUAUUUUGUGGAAAACCUGUCGAUCAAAUGACUCUCCAAUGACUGGAGAUUUAACUGUUACGGAACUUAGUGUAGCAACUAUUCAGAUCUGCAAGUUGGCCCAAAUUGAAUCGUUUUCUCCAGAGCUCGAAUAUUUUAGUGAGCGUGUACAUGACGGACCAAACUACUUGAGCAGUGGUUAUAAUGGCACAAACUUUGUGGCUGGUGAGAGACUUCUUGCUGAGGGGAUUUGUAAGUGGAAUCAGAGUCAAAUUUCAAAUUCUCUGUCACAACAUGGAAUUCAGUGGGAUUUUCAACCGCCUUUAGCACCUCACCAGAAUGGCUUGGUUGAGAUAAUGGUCCGGGAGGCAAAAAGAGUUCUUUAUGCGAUUUGUGCUAAAUCACGAACAUUUACUGAUUUUUCGCUCAUCUCCAUGCUGACUGGGGUAGAAAGAAUUCUGAAUGAUCGCCCAUUGACACCUAUUAGUGAUGAUGCAAGGGAUUUGGAGGUUCUGACACCAAAUUCCAUUUUGACUGGAAAUCUUGAUCCCUCUAUUGCUCCGAUAAGUUUACGCGCGGUGACGAGUUUCGCGAAAAUUGGAGACAUGUCCAGCUCAGUCUUGAUCGAUUCUGGAAUCGCUGGACAAAGGAGUAUUUACCGCUAUUGCAAAAGAGACAGAAAUGGCUCUUUCCUGAGAGAAAUUUGA